AUGGCCAAAGGGCGCAAGGUGCAGACCGCAUUGCCUGACUUUAUAGAGUUGUCGGACGACCGCAAGAAGAAAGAAAGUUUAAGUUCUCACUUGAAAUCCGACGUUCAUGCCCGUUCCGUCCACGCCAAGCAGGAUAGGGAUAAUAUUCGUUCCGCUGGGGAACGGUCUUUGCGAGAAGAAAGCGCCAUUGAGGAGAGGAUGGACUUUGCUACGUUAUCUUCAACAAUUGAACCAGCAGCAAUGACAAAAGCACCCGUUUCUAAACCAACGCAGGAAUCGACCAUACAGCCCGGCAGCCGGAAAGAAGCCACUGAUUUUGAUCUCUGGCGCAGUGCCGAUUUCCUUCCUGAAGAAGACCCAAAUGAUGGUGAACUACUGCUCGACCAACUCGAACAGGAAGAUGUAUUAACUGAGUUGCUACGGAAUACAUACGUGAAUAUUCCGGAAGGGGCUGACAUACUUGACAAAGAGGCGCAAGAUCGUGCAAGUCAGCCUAAGACGUCUGAAGCUUGGUCGCCAUACACAUCAAAGACGAAUGCGACUUUCAAACUCACUUAUGAACGGUUUGGGUACUCCGCGAAGCAGGGGCUCGAGAUGUCCCCUCUUUAUACCACCUUCGUCAGGAAAUAUUUAUUCCAUGAACGAUCCACGUACUUUGGUGGCUAUGGACUGGGCCAAUCCCUUAGUAUGCGAUCAUAUCCGUCGUUAUCCGGCUACGAGCACCUUUAUGUCAGUGAAGACCAGAACGUCUCACCAACCUCUCCAGACGGAAUCCCCCCCUCUGGUGCCUCUCCUGGUGCCUCCCCCGCCUCUCCUGAACCUGAUGAAGUAGCAGUACCCAUGGAUGCUGAAACCAACCUCCUGGUUUCCCUCCGCCUUAUGUACGGAUUCAACCCAUCCCCUACUGCUCAAACACCCCACCCUCAAGCACCCAACCUCCGGACACCCUCCGACGACCUCAACGCAACAUCGGAUCAGCCUUUGGCAACAUCCUUUGCGCUCGACACUGUGGAACGCAUCAGUGAGGACCUAUACGUGUUCAAGCUACCUCCUUCCCCCUCUUGCAAAUGGGUCAUCGGUGUUGAUCGCCCCACGACUGCCUCCUCGGAGCCCGAACAGCUCAAUCUCCCAUACGCAGACAACGCCAACCGUUUUAACAAGCACCAAUUCACGACAGCAGACUUCGACAGUGCUAUGCUCGAGGGCACAGUCCUGCAAGGCAGUGGCAUUGUAGGGAGGAUUGCAAGGGAAUUCGGUAGUAAGGAGUCUGGGUUGCAAGGACCGUCCAUCGAGGUCACAGUGCAUCAUUCGGGGUACUUUGUCCCGUCUAAACACGACGGGUAUUUCUACUGGGAUGACGACCUCACUGGUGAGGAGAUUGCAUGUUUGUGUGGGACAUACUGCCUCUAUACAGGGCGUGGCGAGCAGACAACAACGGUCUCGUGGUUCCCUCCUCCGGACGUUUGGGACAAGCAGGGUUAUGGCUGGCCAGGAUGGACGGAAACUAACGAGGAGUUUUUCCAGCAGUGGAUAGCAGACAUUCGCAAGGGCAAUGCCAAACCCCUGUCGCGUCAAAACUGGUGGCGCAAGGUUCGUAGCAUCAAGAACACGAGGUCGAUGCUUAAGAACAACAGGGAACGGGCAAAGGCAUACGUCGAGUUGAACAUUCAUGCUAUGUAG